UUGAGAUUCUGCUGUACACAUAAAUCGCGCAAUCACUAAACAAAAAAUAUUCCAUUAUUUUUUUUAUAAGAUCCAGAAACUAUGGAUCCAUCUGUCAAAAGGGGCGCUUAUCUAUUCGCAAAAGAUUUUAAGUUUGAAAACGUCCUUGCCAAUCUGCAGGGUUACAGGAUUGCUACAGGCCAGGUAGAGAAGGGGGAAUUUGAGGCACUUUCCAAGAAAUAUGGGUCAGAUGAAGGGGCAUUAUUUGGUUCUCUCAUCACAAGCGCCUCUGGGAAAAGCAAUGAAGCAGAUGCCAGCUCACCUCCAUUGAAAAGAAGGAGGAGAAGACGAAGAAGGAAAACAAGAAAUAAGGCAGAUUCAGAGGAUUGUAACUCAACUACAGACACAAUCAGCAAGUGCAAUUUGGAUCAGCCACUGACAAUACCAUCCUCAAUCUUAGACUAUGGUUCCAGUGACUCCAGCACAUCAGAUAAUGGGGACAGGUCCAGCCCGAAAUCGCCAUCAGAUGAGAGGAGCUCAUCAGAAAGUGAACCAGGUGCCAAGGGAGGUUUCUUUGGUCUGACAGGAGACAGUAGUGAUGAAGAUACAAACACGUCCCUUUUGACGUCCCGAUUGACAGACCGGCAGGGGACAUCAGCCUUACACACCAAUGUCUCAGAAAGAGAGCACCAGCAGUCGGAAUUUUUCUCAUCUGCCGCAUGGCACCAGAGACCAGAAGUUCUCAAGCCAGAAUGGAACCCAGAAAAAGUCCAAUUUAGCGAGAGGGUCAGUGAGCUGUCCUCAUAUAAAUGCUGGAAGUGUCGUCGAAUUGGACAUCUCGCAGAAGACUGUACGGUCAGGGUUGGUGCUGCAACAGGGCGGCGGCCUCAUGAGACCAGAGCCUUGUCAAGUUUGAGUGAAGAUGACAAAAUGACGGCUGACAAAGCUUCUUUAAAUGAUUUCUAUAGAAGGUGUCGAGAGCUUCGUCAGUCUAAAAAUGCGAUGUGCACCGAGUGUGGAGGAAGGUCAAACCUGGCAAACUGUCUUGAGUGCGGACUGACUCUCUGUGACGGCAAGGGUCAUCUCACGAGACAUUUGAUGGAGUUUCCUUCACAUACAAAGCUAUAUUCUUUCAAGCUAAAGAAGAUGAUAAAGUGCCACAAGCCAACCUGUGCAGUGGUAGAUAUCACCAAGCUGAUGAUGUGCGCAUCGUGUCUCGGAAAACAAUUUGAUGGCCACUACAGCAUGAUUAACGCAACCUGGUCGCGCUCUGGUCUGAAAGGGUUACCAAGCACUAUCGCCUGCGAUCAGCAUUUUCACUGGCACCGCAUGAAUUGCGCCAAUUCCUCAGACGAACUUCUAGUCACGCCAGAGAAGCUAGAACUCUCCGAACAGCAAGGAGACGGCCUUCUCAGCGAGUUUUACUUUUGAUGCUUCUGCUAGGAUGUCACGGGGGACAGGAUGUCACGCACCUGUAUGUCAUGCGCUUGGAUGUCACGCUUUGGAACCGACCUGUGCAUGUCGUAGAAUACGACAGGCCUUAUUUGGCAGAGCCAGGACUCCGGUUCCCUUUCUUCAGAUGCGACUUUAUUUUCACAUGCACAGCCUUAUAUACAGUGUGUAAUUAUGAAAUUCCAAUUUAGUUACCCAUGUUAUCCUCAAGGGGUUGCCCCGCAUCGCACUCCGUGACCUGUUGCACGUUUGCUUUUAAGCUUUGUAUUUUAUGUAUUAGUUUUGUAUUGUAUGUAUUAGUUUUGUAUUGUAUGUAUUAGGUUUGUAUUGUAUGUAUUAGGUUUGUAUUGUAGUAGGCAAUGUUAUUGACUUAAUAAAGUUAAAAAAAUAAACCUA